UCUAGAUAGUUGACGUUUCUGUUUAUUAUCAAAAGUAAUUAUUAAAACUACUGUUAAAUAAGUCCCAAAUAUUGAUAAAAAUUUAUAUUAUUUAUUAUUGUGAAUUAUAUAUUACUUGCCAAUAUCUUUGUGAUCAUACAAAAUGAUCGAGAUUACGUGCAACGAUCGGCUGGGUAAAAAGGUUAGAGUGAAAUGCAAUCCAGACGACACUGUAGGGGAUCUAAAAAAAUUAAUUGCUGCCCAAACUGGAACCAAAUGGGAUAAAAUUGUCCUGAAGAAAUGGUAUACCACUUUUAAGGACCACAUUCAAUUACAAGACUAUGAAAUUCAUGACGGGAUGAAUAUCGAGCUAUACUACCAGUAAUAUAGAAUUUGUAGGUGUUGUAAUUUAAUUUUAAGUAUACUUUUCUUUUAUAAAUAAUACGAUUGGUUUAUA